GGCGGACUGGUGACUGGUGGCGGCUCUUUGGCACUCAGUUCUGAUCCAGGCACCCUGGCCCCACCAUCCGCCCUGCCCGGCCCUGGACGCGCCGCCACCGCCUCCUCCCGGCCAUGCCAUCCAAGCCAGAUCCCUUCCGGGGCCAGCAGUACAGGCACCUGAAGCGGGCCUGCCUUCGCCAGCAAAGCCUCUUCGAGGAUCCCGAGUUCCCGGCUGCCCGCUCCUCUCUCUUCUACCAUCGAGCUCCCCCGGAUGGGCUCUCCUGGAAGCGGCCUGGGGAACUGUGCUCCAACCCCCGGCUCUUUGUGGAUGGCAUCGGCCCCGGGGACCUCCACCAGGGGCGCCUCGGGAACUGCUGGUUCGUGGCCGCUGCCUCCUGCCUGGCCGGAGACCCCGCCCUCUGGAAGAAGGUGAUCCCAAACCCCCCCGAGCAGGACUGGGAUCCUCGUCGGCCAGAGAGGUACGGCGGCAUUUUCCGUUUCCGCUUCUGGCGCUGGGGGCGCUGGACGGAGGUCUGUGUGGACGACCAGCUGCCCUGCCAGGAUGGGAAGCUGCUCUUCUGCCGCUCAGCGGAGCCCCGGGAAUUCUGGAGCGCUCUCCUGGAAAAGGCCUACGCCAAGCUGAAUGGCUGCUAUGAGGCGCUGGAGGGUGGAAACACAGCCGAGGCCCUGGUGGACUUCACAGGAGGCAUCUCGGAGGUGCUGGCCUUGGACGAGGGGGACCUUGGCACGGACCCCGAGAAGCAGAAGCAGCUCUUUGAGCAGCUGAAGAAAGCCCACUCUCGGGCGGCCCUCAUCAGCUGCUCCAUCCGGACGUUGGCCGGAGAAGAGCCCGAAUCCCAGCUUUCCUGUGGCCUGGUCCGAGGCCACGCCUACGGCAUCACGGCUGUCCAGGCGGUCCGCCUUCGGCGGGGCCUCUUGGAACUCUUCAAGACCAAGAAGCUGCAGCUGAUUCGCCUGCGGAACCCCUGGGGCCAGGUGGAGUGGGACGGGCCCUGGAGUGACAAGUCCCCCGAAUGGCAGCAAGUGAGCAAGCGGGAGCGGCACCGCAUGGGGGUCACGGUACGGGAGGACGGGGAAUUCUGGAUGAGCUUCGGGGACUUCUGCGCCCAUUUCACAGACGUGGUCAUUUGCCAGCGCAUGAACACAGCACGCCUCAGCUGCCGGCGUCGUUGGGCCGAGGGCCUGCAGUUCGGGGAGUGGGAUCCUCAGAAGGGGCACGCCGGUGGCUGCCUGAACCACGGGGACUCCUUCCUCCAGAACCCACAGUUUUUCUUUGAGGUGCCCGAGGCGCAGGGGUCCCUGCUGAUCUCCCUGCAGCAGAGGGACAGGCGGCAGCUACGCGGAUCCCACACCGGGAGGGGGGGGCGCAACCUCCCCAUGGGCUUUGAGCUCUUCCGGGUGGAGCAGAACCGAAGUUGGCGCUUGCAUCGGCUCCCGCCCCGGGUGGCCGGCUCCACCUACAGCGACUCUCGCAGUGUGGUGGUCCGCGUGGAUUUGCCCGGCGGGCGCUAUGCCCUGCUGCCUUCGACCUUUGCGCCAGGCCAGAAGGGAGCCUUCCUUCUCCGGCUGUACAGCGAGCGCCCGGCCCGGCUGCGAGAAAUCAGCCUCAACGAGCCCCCCACCCCCCCUUGCAGUUGCUGCCUUGGUGCCCCCCAACUCAUCACUGUGGUCUGGGUCCAGCAGGCCCUGGGGCUGGCGGUCCCUCGCUCCAGCAAGCCCCCAGAUGUCUACGUGAGGAUCGCCGCGGAGGGCAAGGCAGUGAGAUCCCGGGUCCACAAGGCCUCCCCUGCCCCAGACUUUGAUUUCAAGGCCGUCUUCUGCCGGCGGUGCCCCCAGAAGCCCAUCCACAUCGAGGUCUGGGCCAGGAGGUUCCCGCGCAGCACCCGGCUGGGUCACAUCAAGCUGCUGGCAAACACCCCCACAGAGAGCGGCACUGCCCAGCUGCUGUCCCUGGAGGGGCCUCCCCGGGCCUGCCCCACGGGCCGCGUUCUGGUGGAGACCUUUACCAGCGCGGACCUCCUGUCGCUGUGAGCCAACCCUGCCAGAGGCCAGGGUGCUCAGCGGGGCGGCCGCCUCACCUAAAGGAACUCAGCUGGUCCUGGGAAAGGCCUCUGUCGUCCGCCCCC